UCAUAUAUUUUUUCUAAAAAUAAAUACAACUGAUGACUCAUAAUUUUUCCUCAUUUUAAGUUUGAUACUUCUCAUCGAAGGAAGUUAUUUCUUAAACGUUGGAUUUUUAUAAAAAAUCUUAUAAGAAAUCAUUUUAACAGUUCUAAAAUAAUCCUAAGUAAAAAGAAAUCAAAGAUUUGCAUUUAUUAAACAAAGAAAGCAAAUAAAUUACAAAGUUUAUUUGAAGGCCAUAACAAUGAGAAAUUUCAACAAAGAUAAUAACAACGACACAAAGCCAAAUGAUAAUAUGAUGAAGAGACCACUUACUUUGGAUUUAAAUAAGAAGAUUGUGAAUUCUAAUGGAGGUCCACCAAUCCUUUCCACUCCCGAUGUGAAUCUCUGUAAACUUGGAUCACCAGAAUUAGAAAACUUUAUUUUGAAUACGGAUACGCUUCAAACUCCAACACCGUCAGCAAUCUUCCCCACAGCAAAGAUAACAUCAGCACAAGAAGAUUAUGCAAAAGGUUUCGAAGAUGCUCUUAAAACUCUCCAUAAUAAUGACACAAUAUCUAAGCCUGUAACUUCCAAUAUAACUUCAACAAAUACUAUGAGUGGAGGUGGAAUUACUUAUGCCGAUGCGGAAAAUGCUAAUUUGUUGAUGCAAAUUAAAGAAGAGCCUCAAUCACAGAAUAUUCAACCAUCAAGUCCUCAGAUGAGCCCCAUUGAUAUGGAAAGUCAAGAAAGAAUCAAACUUGAACGUAAGAGGCAACGCAACAGAGUUGCUGCUUCAAAAUGCAGGAAGCGUAAACUUGAGAGAAUUUCUAAACUGGAAGACCGUGUUAAAGUUCUAAAGGUGGAAAACCAUGAUCUUGGAUCCGUGCUAUUAAAUCUUAAACAACAUGUAUUUGACUUAAAGCAACAAGUGAUAAACCAUCAUAACAGCGGAUGUCACAUCUCAAUUAAAAAUUAAACAUUUAUGCAUAACUUAAGCGAGAGUGUCGAAAAUUUAUAUUAAAAGUUUUAAAAUUGAUUAUUUAUAAUAAAUAUUUUUGCUUCCAAUAAUGU